AUGAAAACGGAGAACAAAUGGAAAGGCAGCCGGUGGCAGGUUUUCGACUCGCGUCAACGGAACUACUCUAGACUGAAGAUCGGAACCAGCGCUGAGAUACUGUGGAAGGAAAUGUCCGCCAUACUCUGGCAGCCAGCUGUAAUGCCGCAGGAUUAUCGUGUAUGUGAGCUUUGCGCUCGCCGAGGUGACGGGGUGACAGAAGUCUGCGGCCGGCUGCUAAACAUGGAUGCCGACCGAUGGGUGCACAUCAACUGUGCGCUGUGGUCCGCUGAGGUGUAUGAAACGAUGGACGGCGGACUAGUAAACGUCGAGCAGGCAGUUCGUCGAGCGAGCACUUCGCGCUGCUGCCGUUGUGAUCAGCCGGGUGCCACUGUGCCAUGCUACAAACUGCGUUGUGGGAACAACUACCAUUUGCAGUGCGCUGUUGAGAGUCGCUGUACGUUCAUGAUCGACAAAGUAAGUACUGCACGUUUGAAAUGUCACAUACCUGAGGACUUGGACUAA